GCGGUUAGCGGAGGAGCCGCCCGUCCCUUAGCUGGAGCUGUGAGGGUUCCUCAGACUGUGUUUUGGGACCCGCAGUCGCGGAGCCGGCUGCUUGGCCCCUCGCUCGACUCAGCCAGGCGCCAUGGCUCCCAAGAAACGCAGCAGCCGCGGAACCAAGACCAACACGCUGCGGAGCCGGAAGCUCGCCUCCUUCCUGAAGGACUUCGACCGCGAAGUGCAAGUUCGAACCAAGCAAAUUGAGUCCGACCGACAGACCCUCCUCAAGGAGGUGGAAAAUCUGUACAACAUCGAGAUCCUUCGGCUCCCCAAGGCGCUGCAAGGGAUGAAGUGGCUUGACUACUUCGCCCUAGGAGGAAACAAGCAGGCUCUGGAAGAGGCAGCAAAAGCUGAUCGAGACAUCACAGAAAUAAACAAUUUAACAGCUGAAGCUAUUCAGACACCUUUGAAAUCUGUUAAAAAGCGAAAGGUAAUCGAGGUGGAGGAAUCGAUAAAGGAAGAAGAAGAAGAGGAAGAAGAAGGAGGAGGAAGAGGAGGAGGAAGAACAAGAAAGAGCCAUAAGAAUCUUCGAUCUGCAAAAGUCAAAAGAUGCCUUCCAUCCAAGAAGAGAACCCAGUCCAUACAAGGAAGAGGCAGAAGUAAAAGGUUAAGCCAUGACUUUGUGACGCCAGCUAUGAGCAGGCUGGAGCCGUCUCUGGUGAAACCAACCCCAGGCAUGACACCUAGGUUUGACUCCCGGGUCUUCAAGACUCCAGGGCUACGCACUCCAGCAGCCAAAGAGCAAGUUUACAACAUCUCCAUCAAUGGCAGCCCUCUCGCAGACAGCAAAGAGAUCUCCCUCAGUGUGCCCAUAGGUGGCGGUGCGAGCUUGCGGUUAUUGGCCAGUGACUUGCAGAGGAUUGAUAUUGCUCAGCUGAAUCCAGAGGCCCUGGGAAGCAUUCGAAAGCUCUCGAGCCGCCUUGCCCAGAUCUGCAGCAGCAUACGGACGGGCCGAUGAGAGGACAACAGGGCACACAAGUGGCAGCAGGGACUGCAGUAGCAGAGUGCACACAUCUGUCCUUCUGUGGGGUGCUUCACUGCCAACACCUGCAAUGGUGCUUGUCUCUCUGACAGCUAUGGUGUCUUGCUGCACACUUCUAGUUAGUGGGAAUUUAGAUGGGGAGCACAGGGCUAGUCAGGGCCUUUGUGUCCUUGGUGCGGAGUGACUGAGAACUGUAUGGUUUGAGGUCCCACCGGGGAUAAACACUGCUUAGAGCACUGUCCUAAAGGCCUCCAGGCCCAGGCAGGCUAUGCAGUCAGCAGUAGGGUCUGUGCUCCAUGCAGGUCCAGGUGCACGGCUCUCGCUGUUCUGUUCUGUUGUCAUUUGUGCCUCUAUGGGCAGAUGUGUUUCAAGUUGGUUUUCUGUUGCUGAGGCUUUCAUACACAUCAGUUACCAUCUCAGCUGAUUUGUCUACUGAAAGCUUGCUGUUUUCAAUAAAUCUUAGUUUGCUGUGGUUUUAAGUCA